AUGUACUUGUUUCUAGUUGUCGGUGGUUUUGCUUUAUUUGCGUCAGCUGUUUACAUUAGAUUUUACAAAUUAACUGUUACACGACCUAAUAAAUAUCUUUGUCCAACGUCUCAGUGUUCGCCACUCAUUAAAAAUAUGUCAUGGGGUUCCAUCACAGUGGAAACAGUAUCUGAAGAUGGAACGAUCAAUCCAAACAAGUUAAUUACAUACCGAGAUGCAAAACUGUGGCCAAAUGGUAGUCGUGCAUGGGAUUGGAACGAAUCUGGCACUGGUCAUUUUGCAGGGAUUCAGAAACAGGAUGUUGAUGAACUACUCAGUUAUAAACCAAAUAUUAUUAUACUGAGUAAAGGAGUACUAUCUCAGUUGAAAGUGCCCCAAUCAUUAGUUGAUUACAUAAAUCAAUCUGAUCCACAUAUUAAAGUAAUAGUAGAGACAAGUAAAAAAGCAUUCAAAUUGUAUAACGAAUAUGCAAUUCAAGGUGAACGUGUUGCAGCCUUAAUACAUUCUACUUGUUGA